CUACGGGUGCCGGGUGGAGCCGGGGAUCGCGAUGUGUCUUCUCCUGGGGGCCACGGGUGUCGGGAAAACGCUGUUGGUCAAAAGGCUGCAAACUGAGCUCCGGGGAUGGGAAGGGCGACCUGGGCGAUGCUCCCCCGACGCGGCCCACGUCUUCCCACAGGUGGGCACCAACCUCACUGACAUCGUUCUCCAGAGAAAGAUUACCAUCCGGGAGCUGGGGGGGUGCAUGGGCCCCAUCUGGUCCAGCUACUUUGGAAAUUGCCGUUCUCUCCUGUUCAUGGUGGACGCCGCUAACCCCGCUCAGCUGUCUGCGUCCUGCGUGCAACUCCUGGGUCUCCUUUCUGCAGAGCAGCUCGCAGAAGCAUCGGUCUUGAUCCUCUUCAAUAAGAUUGAUCUGCCCUGUUACAUGAGCAUAGAGGAGAUGAAGUCCCUGAUCAGGCUCCCAGACAUCAUUGCCUGUGCCAAGCAGAACAUCACCACGGCAGAAAUCAGCGCCCAGAAGGGCACUGGCUUAUCAGAGGUGCUGCGCUGGCUCCGGGACACCCACAGAACUGACAGAUGACCGCCAGGAGAACAGUGAGCCGCCGGCUCUGGGCCCGAGACCGGCACUUGGCCUCCAGCCCUCUGUUCCCAUUACGGACAGGAUGACCCAACAGGAGCCUAGGAGAUGGGCUCCUGCCCUGAGUUGCCGUGGUGGGUAAACUGGCCUCUGAACAAAAAGACUGUCCCCAGGGCCGGGAGGGGACAGGCCCGCGGGGUGGCUGAGCAUCCUGCCACCAUCCUGGGACUCUGCACCGGGAGGUAUUCCCCUCCCAUCAGGAAAGCGGCUCUACUGUCCUGGUGUCUGCACCGCCUGGACCACAGACUGGCUCUGUGCACUGUGGGACAGACCGAACUUGUUGAUUUUCCGUUGUGCCGACGACGCGGCCUCCGCUGUGUGAAGCUGUUAUCUUAGAAAGAACCAAGCCUGGAGUCAGAACGA